AUGUACAUCAACAGCCCCGGCGGGGAGGUGUCCUCGGGGCUCGCCAUCUACGACACGAUGACCUACAUCCGCUCGCCCGUCUCGACCGUCUGCGUCGGCGCCGCCGCCUCCAUGGCCGCCAUCCUGCUCCUCGGCGGCGAGGCCGGCAAGCGCUACGCCCUGCCCCACAGCUCCAUCAUGCUGCACCAGCCGCUCGGCGGCACCAAGGGCCCCGCGGCCGACAUCCUCAUCUACGCCAACCAGAUCCAGCGCGUGCGCGAGCAGGUCAACGAGAUCGUGCGGCGGCACCUCAACAACGCCAGCCUCCUCGGGGCCAGAGGGCAGCAGGAGGCGGGGGAGAGGUACGACGCCCGCGCCGUCAACGACAUGAUGGAGAGGGACAAGUACGUCACGGCCGAGGAGGCCAAGGAGCACGGCAUCGUCGACGAGAUCCUGUACAGGAGGGCGAGCGGGAAGGGCGGCGAUCAGGGCAAGGGGAGUGGCGGUGGUGGCGGCGGUGGGAAGAAGAGCCCCUGA